ACGAACUAUCCGCCAACUUGGACAUCACGAGCGUGGCUGGUGACCGAUCUGUUCCACGGUUCUUAUUCUCCACCCAUCCUCACACAGCCAACGCAUCCCACACCUCAUGGCCAGCACCGCCGAGAAGCUGGUGCAGCGCCCACUCUACGCCUUCGAUCUCCCCGAGGAAAUCCUGUAUACCCUGCAGCUAAAGACACAGCCCACUGCCUCUCCCGAGGAACCAUCCCCGUCGCCGUCACGAGCCGAUCUCACCGCUUCGGAUCUACAAGAUGGACCAGCGAACGCGACAUCCUGCAAUCUGUGCGGACUCACAUUUCCCACUUUGCUGGAUCAAAGAAGUCAUAUCAGAUCCGACCUGCAUGGGUACAACUUGAAGCAAAAGAUUCGUGGGAGGAAGGCGGUGAAUGAGGCGGACUUUGAGACGCUGGUAGGACAGCUGGAUGAGAGCAUAUCAGGAUCGGAUUCGUCCGAGUCAGAAGAUGAUGAGGAUGACGAGCUUGGAGGUGGCUCAAAGGCAAAGGAGUCGACGCUCAGCGCUCUAUUGAAGAGACAGGCGAAGAUUACCGACGGAGAUGCAGAUGAUGCACCGACGAAGAAGGAGAAGCGAGGAUCUGGCAAACCGCCGUUAAUAUGGUUUUCGACACCCAAGUUGCCGUCCAACACAUCACUGGGAUUCUAUCGAGCGAUCUUUGCUGUGGCGGAGCAAGAGCAAGAGGACAAGAUGGUUGAGAUAAUACAAAGGAAACAGCUCGCUGCAAAGCCAGCUCCACAACAUCAGAAGAAGGUUGAGCAUGACGAUGAGGAAGACGGUGGCGUUAAGCUGCCACAAUCCAUGAUACAGAACGGGACGAGUGCGGCAGGUCCUCACUACUUCCUUUGCAUGAUCGGAGGUGGCCAUUUCGCAGGCAUGAUCGUGUCACUGACGCCCAAGAUGACCAAGAAGGCUGGCAUCGAGGACCGAUCUGCUACCGUCAUCGCACACAAGACGUUCCACAGAUAUACGACACGUCGGAAACAGGGUGGUUCGCAAAGUGCGAAUGAUAACUCAAAGGGCAAUGCUCACUCUGCUGGUGCAAGCAUUCGAAGGUACAACGAGACAGCUUUGACACAAGAGGUCCGAGAUUUGCUGCUGGAGUGGAAACAACUAAUCGACAGUGCGGAGUUGAUAUUCAUUCGAGCAACUGGAAGCACGAAUAGAAGGACUCUGUUCGGACCAUACGAAGAUCAAGUGCUCAGUCACAAGGAUGUCAGGAUACGAGGAUUUCCGUUCAAUACCCGUCGAGCAACACAAGCCGAGCUGAUGCGCGCUUUCGUGGAGCUCACCCGGGUGAAGGCGGAAGAAGAGGCUGCGAUCGCCACAGCAAAAGCAGAAGCUUUAGCCAACAGCAAGACGACCGCGCCCAAGGCACCCAAAGCUUCGAAAGAGGAUGAAGAAGCCUCCCUCCACACGACUCAACUGCAAGCCCUCAUCCGACGAUCGAAAGCUCCAGCCAUGCUGUCAUACAUCCAAUCCAACAACCUCAGUCCCGACUUCCGCUUCUUUCCCGCCGACCAAAAUCACCACGCACCAACACCUCUUCACCUCGCCGCAGCCUCCAACAGUCCAGUCUGCAUUUCCUCCCUCCUCAUCAAAGCCGGCGCGGAUCCCACCGUACGCAACGAAGACGGCAAAUCAGCCUUCGACAUUGCCGGCGACCGCGCAACACGAGACGCCUUCCGUCUCGCACGCUCUCAACUCGGUGAAUCCAAAUGGGAAUGGGACACCGCCAAUAUCCCACCUGCUCUUUCUCAGUCCGAGGUCGAAGCCCGCACGGCGCGGGAAAAGGAGGAGAAGGCUGUCGAGGAUACGGCGGAGAAGCAGCGGCGACAAGCCGAGACGGAGAGGCUGAGGAAGGAGGACAAAGAGAGGGAGAAGAAGGGUGUGGAGAAGAAGUUUGGGAAGGGAAGGGUUAUGGAGGCUCCCGCGCUGACGGCCGAGGAGAGGAGAGCGGAGCAGUCAAAGGGUAUGAGCGAUGAGAUGCGGAUGCGGUUGGAGAGGGAGAAGCGUGCGAGAGCGGCGGAGGAGAGGAUGAAGAGGUUGGCGGGGAAGUGA